UAAACCUCUGGAAGUCUUUUCCUCCUAAUUGAGAUUGUUAUAAGUGAAAAAAAAAAAAAAAAAAAAUCUUGUCUGAAGCUUUCGAAUAUAGUGUGAGAGAGAGAAGACUGAGGAGUAAUGCGAAAACCAUUGGCGUCAGCUACCAGUCAAUCCAUUUUAGGGUUUUCGUGAAUUCGAAAAAACCAAAAAGAGAAGAACAAAAGAUAAUAAAAGCAUGAAAAAACCAAAAUGCUGAUUCGGAUGUGAAUUGAAAUCGAACCAUCCAUUUCCGCAAUCGAAGAUCUCCACAUUGAUAUCGCCAAAGUUCUAGAAUACUAAAUGCGAAGAAGCAGAGUCAUUUAUAUGACGGAGGUUGGGGAAGAGAUGGUGUCAAUAUAAUUGAAGGAAGAUGAAAUCCGACACCCCUCUUGAUUAUGCUGUAUUUCAGCUAUCGCCAAAGCGCUCGAGAUGUGAAUUGUUUGUUUCUAGUGAUGGAAACACUGAGAAACUCGCAUCAGGAUUGGUGAAUUCAUUUGUGACUCAUUUGAAGGUUGCCGAAGAACAGGUGGCUUUGGCAGUUAAGUCAAUUAAGCUUGAAGUUGAAAGAUGUAAAAAUGCUGAAACAUGGUUCACAAAAGGAACACUUGAGAGGUUUUUGCUGUUUGUUAGUAUGCCAGAGGUUUUGGAACUGGUCAAUACAUUUGAUGCAGAGAUGUCUCAAUUAGAAGCAGCCCGGAGAAUAUAUUCACAGGAAGUGGGAGAUAAGUUUCCUGGCACAUUGGGUGGGGACGGAGUUGGAGCAACUGCAGCAGCUGAUUCAACAAAGAAGGAGCUUCUGAGAGCUAUUGAUGUACGGCUUGUUGCGGUUAGGCAGGACUUAAUCACAGCUUGUUCUCGUGCAGCAUCUGUUGGUUUCACCCCUGGCACAGUCUCAGAACUUCAACUGUUUGCAGAUCAGUUUGGGGCCAGUCACCUCAACGAAGCAUGCAGAAAGUUCAUAUUGCUGUGCGAGAGACAUCCGGACCUGAUCAAUUCAUGGAAAGAUGGAGCAGAAGAUCGAACCUUCCGAUCUUCAUACUGGUCGGAAAUGUCCAUCAACGAAUGCCACACCGAAGAACAACUUAGCGGGUUCCACCACUCCCAGCUCCACCACGAGAAUAAGCACCCAACAAUUCGAGAACUAGACACAAUCCAAAAACAACAACAGCAUCAUCUCAAGCAACUAAAACCCUUCAUCUGUCAUCAGCCCAAGGCCUCCACUGUCCCCAUCCUCAUACAACAUAGUAGGGAGUCGAGCAUUGACAAAGAUGAUGGCAGCGGAAAUGAUUUGGCUGCUGAGAAGUUGAAGAAAGAAGAGAGCAUUGAGACUGAGUCGUCUCAGACUUCUCAGCCUGCAAGGCAGCUUAGUGUGCAGGAUCGAAUCAGCUUAUUUGAGAACAAACAGAAGGAGAAUUCUGGUAGUGGUGGCAAGCCCCUCGUUGGGAGGUCUGUUGAACUCCGGAGGCUUUCUUCGGAGGUAUCAUCUACCCCUGCUGUCAUCGAGAAGGCUGUGUUGAGGAGAUGGAGUGGUGCCAGUGACAUGAGUAUUGAUUUGCAUGGUGAAAAGAAGGGAAUUGAGAGUCCUCUCCGCACACCCUCAUCUUCAUCAGUUUCUCAGACCAAGUCUGAUGACCGAAAGGGACUAAAUGAAACAGCAACUUCUUCAAAGCCCAAGCUCAAGAAUGUUACAGAUAGAGUUGAUGAUAGUUGUUCAAAAGAUCCAACUGAUUCUCGGGCUAGGGCUGGAGUUACUUGUGGCAGAGAAGAGAUUGGGACAAAUGCUGUUGACCUGACAGUUUAUUCUGUCAGCUCCGAUGAUGCUUUGGAGUCUGAUAAGUUGGCCUCCACUUUGGGAAGAGUCAAGAAUGAUGUUUCGAAAGAUCAAACACUUGGAAAGAUUCAAUUGAGGUCAUCUUUGGCCAGGGCUGAGGAUAACAUUUUGAAGGAUCAAGCAACUUCUGAAACCCUAUUCAAAUCUUUGCCUGGUGAGAGAACAGAGCUGUUUGGAUUGAUGGAUCAAGGGAAGUACGGUGGUUCUAUGGGCGAUGGUGAGGAGCAAGGUAGAAAGGGGCGUUUAGCUUCCAAGACACAGAUUGCUGGAUCGGAAGACCUUGCUGUUCCUUUAACCCAGUUUGGAUCUUUUGCAAGCAGGCAGAGUGACGUUAAAUCUCCCACUGUAUCUUAUGAUGCUCCACAUAGUGAAUUCAUGGACAAAGUGGAAGACGUUGGAUUGAGAGAUCACUCAGUUUCUGUAUCACGUUUUAGGAGCCCUCUGAGGACAGCAAUGGACUAUGGGCAGUUGGGUGGUGUCUCUGAUCUAAAAACUCAGGAAGCCUCUGCCUCUCAGUUUAAAGGGACUGAGGAUGAUUCAUUGGCAUCUCUGCGCCAGAGGAGAUCUUUAGCGGAAGUUAAGGAGGUUUCAAAGAAAGACUUCCCAUCAUCUGAGAAGCAACUGCAUGAUUCUAGACCACAAAGAAUGAAGUUCAAGAAACAGGUUUCUUCCUCUGAACAGAUAAAGAAGUCGCAAGGCAGGAGAGAUGAAAGGUGUUCUGAUUAUGAAAAUAGCAAGACACUCUACUCUGUUAAGAUGGUUUCAGAGGGUCAGGGGGGCUUUGGUUCGAUUCCAACGGCAUCUUUACAGCAAGUUCGGAAGGUAAGGCAUUUGAAAGGGAAACAGGAACUCAAUGAUGAACUGAAAAUGAAGGCGAAUGAGCUUGAAGACCUUUUUGCGGAACACAAACUUAUGAUUCCUGUUGAUCUGUCCAGUUCUACACAGAGAACCAGUCCUUCUGAGAUGCAGGUCGAACAGGCGGCAUGUUUACCUUACAGAAUCCCAGCAGUUGAGAUCGCUCCUGAAGAGUUGCCUGGCAAGAACAUAGUGGCUGAUCCUGCUGGUAGUUCUAGAAAUGGGGCCAAGUUCAAUGCUAGUUCAUUGAUGAAAAUGUUAGACAAUCGGGACUAUGGUGAUGCUUUGAAGCAGAAAUUUUCUGAGCUUGGUUUCUUGGAUGAUUCUAGAGGAAAAUUUUAUGGUCAAUAUAUGCAGAAAAGAGAUGCAAAACUAAUGGAAGAAUGGGAUUUUAACAGGUCGGAGAAGGAAGUCAGGAUGAAGGCCAUGCAGGAUAGCCUUGAGCUGAGUAGAGCUGAGAUGAAGGCCAAGCUUUCAGGAACUGCAGAUAGACAGGAUUCACUUUUUUGCAUUCGUCGACGGGCAGAAAGACUCAGAUCCUUUAAUACUCGGUCAUUUAUGCAGAGGGAGCAGCAGCUAUUAGAUUUUGUGAAUUGUGAAGAGAAGGAUCUAUCUGCAGAACAGAAACCUUUUGUUCACGAUAUGUCUUUUGAUGAGACAUCUUUUGGGGAUGAUGCUUGUAGAAGCAUCCAAAGUAAGAAGCUUUUACCCAAUAGAAAUUGGUCUUCAUCCACCCCUCGCACCUCAGCAGCACCAGUUGCAAGAUCAGCUGUCAAAGCUUCAAACUGCAGUUCUGGAAGGCAAAGAAUGCGAUCUGAAAAUCCUCUUGCACAGUCAGUCCCCAACUUCUCUGACUUGAGAAAAGAAAACACCAAGCCUUCUUCUGGAGUUAGCAAAUCAACAGCCCGCCCAAAUUUUGGGAGGUAUUCCUGUAGCAAAAACACCUGUGAAGAUGUAGCACUUGUCAAGGAAGAGAAACAACAGUGGUUGCAAUCAUUGAGAAAAGGUUUUGCAAGUCCUGCUGAGUUCAAGGACGCUUCCCCUAUGAACUCUGAAAGCAUUGCUUUGACACCAUUAAAAUUUGAUAAAGAGCAAUUUGAACAAAACCUCUACCACAAAUUUACAGAUAGUGUGGAGUCCAAGCCUUUUCUUGGGAAUAAUACUGGUAUAGGUCAUGGUGAUGGAGCUGGCAUUGCCAAGCUUCGGGCUUCAUUGGCAUCUAAGCCCAUAAAUCAUGAAGAAGUAUCUGAUGUGUUGGCCUUUGAGCCAGAAGAUUUUGUGGAUGUGGUCAAAGAUGAGGAUGAGCUUGAAACCAUGACAACUGACAAUAAUAUCAUGGAUAACAGAAUACCCAGAUCGAGCCAGGAAUCUUCCAAGUUGUUCAAUUCUGAGUUUGAAAAUGGUGGUGUCCUGAGAUUUUUUUCUCAGGUGGAUCGUUCUUUGGUGGCUGGAUUGCCUGCCGCUGUGCCUUCCCCUUUCCACUCUUUUUGGUCCAAACAGGAUUCACCAGGGGAAAGUCCUAUGUCAUGGAAUGCACACAUUCCUUAUUCAUUUUCUUAUCUACACGAGACCUCUGAUAUUGGUGCUUUUGCAGACUCUCCAAUUGGGAGCCCUGUAUCUGGGAAUUCACUCUCUUAAUCAGACACAAGCUGAUGCAGCCAGAAUGAGGAAGAAAUGGGGAAGUGCUCAGUAACCUAUUCUUGUUGCUAAUUUAUCCCAUAAUCAGUUCCGCAAGGAUAUGACAGAAGGAUUUAAGCGGCUACCAAAAUUUGGAAUGAAAUCUUGUGGCAGAGAGAGUUUGGUUGACUGGAUUUCUGCUACAACUUCUGGAGGAGAUGAUGAUACUGAAGAUGGAUGAGAUCACUCCAAUCAAUCAUCAAGAUCUAAGGUAAUCAAGAAUAGGAUUUUCCCAGGGGCAUCCUUCUGAUGAUAGCUGCAGUGAAAGCGAGUUAUUCAGUGAGCAAGGUGACCUUAUGUUCGUAUUUUGUUAAUUUUCAAUAUUAUUCGCGGAAAUUUGACUACAUACUUAGAUAAAAUCAAGGUUUGAGCAUCAUUCUUUUGACUGAAACUUCUGCACCAAAAACAUUGCCUGCUUUGAGCUUAUAGUCUUAUUGAAUUUAAAACACAUCAAGGGGAGAUCUUGCAGCAAGUAAUGAGGCUGCUAUUGCUGCCUCUUUCUGGCAAGACAAAGCAGGAAUUCCGAGGGGGUAAUGUCUGAAGAUGGAACAGCUAGGUAGGAGUUCCUGUGAGCCUGUUCAGUGGGGAGGUUUGGUUGGUGGUUUGGGAUGCUGAGGAAAAUAGAGCAGAUGGCGUCAAUAGUUUGGGAUAUCUAGGUGGUGGUGAUGGUGUCUAAACUAUCAGAUUGACUACUAUUGACUUCGUCCGUCAAAGAAGUUUCUAUUGUGUUCCAGAAUCAGGAGAAAAGUGGUCUGGAGUUUCUUUUCUGAUGAUUGACAGAUGGUCGUUUAGGGUUGGCUGCUCUGGGGUGCUAACACAUUAGAAGUGGAUCUGUAUUAUUGGCUUGACAAUAUACUUUUGGCGUUCCUUGUUUAGAUCAUUUGGGAGAAGCAUGUACGUGUUUUGCCAAGGUGGUGCUUGAUUUGUGUAAGCACAGAGAAGGCCAGAUUGGUGCUUUUUCAGGGAAGAGGAUCCCAGAGAUGAUCCUCAUUGCCAAUGAUGUCAACUACUGCAGAACCUUGUUGGUAGAUGUAUCUAUGACAGUUUGUGCCACCACCAUUUGGUCAUCUGCCUGCCAAUAAGGAAGAUGAUGGAAGGUGAGACAGAGGCUGAUACGUAGGCGAUUGGGCUGGACCAAAUCUCGUGUUAAUCUCGUGUUAACAGUAAAUUAGUUGCGUGAUGAGCCUUUGAAGCUAAUUGAGGAGAAAAACAGGAAGGAGUGGGCAGCUAUAAUGGGCUUUCACCCUCUGAAAGCAUGUGUUGCCAAAGUUAAAGCAAAGUAGGUUGGCUUCCUCGGAUGUUUUGUGUAUGAGAGGAUGUGUCUUAGUAAACUCCAGGGAGAGAACUAGAGGCUUGGAUUUGGCCUGGUUUUGCAUAGUGUCUGUAGAUUAAUCCCGAAUGUGCUUGAGCUGUUAGUGGUAAAGAGCAGGCAGGCAGUCUUGCAACUUGAAAAGUAGGCAGUUAUAAGCAUCUUGGUAAUGCUUGCUUUGAGGAUGCUCACCUGAAAUAUCUAGUGGAGACAAAAUGUAAUUUUUUUAGAGAGAAUUUCAUGAUUCACUAAUAACAGUAAUUUACUGAUGCCAUUGUUAAAUUAUUAAGCUUCACUUUGAUGGAAUGAUUUGAAAUGGAUUUAUAUCAAUUAUUCGGAGGAUUAUAGAACAAAUUUGGAGCAAGUAAUUUAGGUUUAAGUUUUAACAAUAUGUAUUUAUUGAUUUGAGAGCCUUAUGUGUAUGAAUCUUAAAUAAAUACUGGAUUGGCAAGGAUUUUAACUACAUAAUGAUUGCAAUAAGAUAUGUUUUCCUACCUUUAAUCUAGUAAAUCCUUGCGAUUUGGAAUCCUACUUCAAUAAACAAAUUUUUGUCUUGAGUUCAAAUCCAUUUUUCCUUUCCAAACUCCUAGUAUUUUGUCAAUUUCUUUUGUCUUUGUAACUCCAAAUUACUUCCUGUUGUAGCAUUUUGUUAGCGUAAACAUGUUUGAUUGAUUACUUACACACAACUUAGCUUAAAAAAAAAAAAAAAAAAAAAAAAAAAAAAAAAAAAAAAAGAAAAACAA